CAAAAGUGAGCAAUCAAGGACAUUUUGCCUAAAAGUUUGCCAAUGGAAGGUUUUAAAAUUAUUCUGUUUUGUUUCUUCUUAUAUGAAAUCGCCGCUACAACCGACCCUGACACGAGAAAAGCUUUAGACUCGUUACUACACCGAGUAGAGAAUGUCGAGGAAGAAAACCUAAAACUAAAAAGAGAGGUUGACCUUCUUCGACAUCAACAGAAAAAUGGGCAUUCAGUCUUCAGAAGGCAAGAAGAACGACCAGCGAUUGGUUUCACGGCUUUCAUCUCAUCCCAUUUAACUUCGCUCGGGAAUCAAAAUACAAUUCUGUUUGACAAGACAAAGAGCAAUUUCGGCAAUGGUUUUGAUAACGUCACUGGCUACUUUGUGGCACCAGAAAGCGGUGUCUAUGUCUUCUUUGCCAACAUAAUGUCUGAGGUUUCCAGUGGGCUUAGUUACAUUGAAACUGAAAUUGUGAAAAAUGGAGACCAGCUUGCUGAGAUGUACUCCGGCGCCAAAGAUGCAUUCGAUUCGUCGAGCAACAUGGCCGUGACCUCUCUUAAGAAAGGCGACCAUGUGUGGGUCCGUGUGCAUGGCUCUUGGUCAAACAACUUCUCGAUUCAUUGUUGUUUUUCCACUUUCUCUGGAUUCCUUAUUGGUCAGGACGAAUUGACCGAAAACAUCAUUGGAUGAAUGUUCGGGUUCCCCGAUAAACGCUUGACAUAUUUGGAUAAAAAUUGUGUCUGUUUAUUGAUUACUUUGUAAUUUAUAAAUUCAUUGGUUAUAAGUUUGUAAUUCAAUAAUUAGUCAGUAUAUUCCUAAUUAAUCUUUAAUUAAUUUGUAAUAAAACAAAUUUCCCUACUCGAAA